CCCAUGAAUCAUGGGCCAUGAUGAGUGUAGAAAGUGCCAAUGGCCAACAAUCUAACACUCUACUAUUUAUACAGUGGCCUACGCCACCAGCUGAAUCACAACUUUCUGCCGUGUUUACCGAUAUGGGGUUGCUCGGCGUGCUGGCUUUGGCAGCCAUACUAUUCAGCAGUCAAUCGUGUAUCGUUUCAGCUGGACUUGGCAAGAACAGGUCUGGCAGCGACGAAAUAGCAAAAGGACCUCAACGACACUCUCAGUGUUUCUCCAGCGUGCGAGUCGGUGGCUCGUCAGAUGAGAACCCGUUGUGGACAUUCUUUCAAACUCGAGACAGAGGUCCCGGUAUCCACAAGUGGCUGCAAUACUUCGAUGUUUACCAUAGAUACUUUUCCAGAUUUAUUGACACUGAAGUUCACUUGCUCGAAAUCGGAGUACAGAGUGGCGGCUCCUUGGACAUGUGGCGCCACUACUUUGGCGAUAGAUUGCGCAUAUACGGUGUCGACAUAAAUCCUUACACAAAGGCACUCUUUGAAGAUCUCCCCGGUACACAAAUUUUUAUUGGAGACCAGGAGAAUCGUACCUUUUGGGCAGAAGUGAAAUCAAGGGUACCCCGCAUAGACAUUGUGUUGGAUGACGGCGGGCAUACCUAUCAGCAGCAGCUUGUCACUUUUGAAGAACUCUAUGAUUUUGUCAGUGACAAUGGCGUGUACAUGAUAGAGGAUGUGACGACCACCGGUCCUGGCACAUAUGUCGGAUACGCUCAACAACACAUUUCGGACAUAUACGGCCACUACACAGGCUCCGCUGCAAAAUUCACUACCACGACUGUGAGUGUGGCAUUUUAUGAUCAACAGGUCGUGUACGAGAAGGGUAGCCAUCCUAGGCCACCCGAAGCAAUCAAGAAGGGAAAGUUCUGGAUGCCAUACAUCAGUUUGACCCAUGCGGACGGCAGUGUUAGGGAUGAUCACCUUCAAAAUUUUCAAGAGGAACUCAAGAACUCUUGGACCUGAAAUACCCAGAGUUGUGGUCCAUGAAAAAAUGCCCGCGGUUCUUGAGGGAUUCUCUGUGAGGGAAUCGCGUAUGUAUGCACAAAAGCCAAUGAUUUCUAUUCGAACACUGGAUGUAGAUGCAGCCGAAUUGAGCAUCCGUGACUUUUCUACUGGCUGAGUCGCCUGACGGUUUGCAAGCGCUUAUUAAUGCCACUGUUGGAUUC